AUGGCAAACUGGGAGGUGAUGCACGAGUGUGAGGAUGAGUGUGAGGCUGAGACUUUGAAGAAACGUCAAGCUUUGGUCAAGGAGUCUGUGCUCCUGGAUAAGGUAUUCAGCGAUAACUCUGAUGAGCUUCUGGAGUUACUGGAUCCAAACAGGAAAGAUGUAACUGGAGAGGCAAAGGCUGUGCAUGAUAUGGUUAAGCUGGCCGAAUCUAAUUGGUUUCAUCCUACAGAAAGGGUCGUCAAUCACUGGAAUCUUCCUGAGUCUGAUCUUAAAAUUACGAGCCUUCUUAUGAAAAGAUGGCAAGCUCAAGUUAAGGAACAUGAAAACAUGGUGUCUGCAUCCAGGCUAAAUGCAGCUGAUGCGUCUCGUCAAUUUGCUCCUGAGAAUCUUCGGUUUCGGUUUAACCGGUGUCCGGCUGCAACCACUGCAAACAUGUCUGAUCUCAGUGAUGUGGAUAAGCUUCUACUUGAAACGUCCAAACUGUUUAAGCUGAAUCGUGAGCAGGAUAUAGCAUUCAGGAUUAUGGCCAAGACAUACAUAUUCAGGAAGAUUCUUGGACGUGGUGAAGACAGUCGUGAACUGGAGAUGUUUCCCAUGCGGAUGUUUUUAACUGGUCCUGGAGGCACAGGCAAAUGCAUGUUAUCUGAGCUCUGA